AUGGAGAAAACAGACGCCAAAGACCAGUCCUUUCUGCAGAAUGAAGAGAAAGACCCUCCCAAGAGCCAUCCUUACUCUGUGGAGACCCCGUACGGCUUUCAUCUAGACCUGGACUUCCUCAAGUACGUGGAUGACAUUGAGAAGGGCAACACCAUCAAAAGAAUUCCAAUCCACAGAAGAGCCAAGCCGGCCAAGUUCAGCACUCUGCCCCGCAACUUCAGCCUUCCAGACAGUGGGGCUCGCCCCCAUGCCGCUCUGCCCCUGCAAAGCUGGUCCCCAGCCGGGUCGAGGAAGGUACUGCUGGGGACCCAGGAGCACACCCAGUCCCUGGCUCUGGGGGAUCCCCUGCAGGCCUCAGCUAGCAGCAGUGCAGUGAGCUACCACAGGAAGGUCCUGCUGGCAGAGGCUAGUAGACAGGGGGAUGCUCCCGCUCUUGAAAACACGGAGAAUGCACGACCCCACUUGCUGAGAGCAUCCAGCAUGCCGGCCACACUGCUGCAGAGCAGGGCCUCAGAGGAGUCGAGCCUGAGCUCCGGCACCCCCAUCCCUCCUGCCCUCCCUCCUCUUCCAGCUGAAGGCAGUGUCUGUGACAUCACCCUUGGCUCCCUGGAAGGAUUUGCAGGUGUUCACAACUCCAGCCCUGGAGCAGUCACCCAAGCACAGGUUGGAGAGUUGGGACACCUGAAGCCAGGAAUUUCAGAGCUGGUCCUGGAGGGGGCUGGGACUACUAAAAGUGACAUGACAGCUGUUAAUCACCUCUUUUUCCCAAGUCCUCCCUCCCCAGUCACCAGUCCACUUGUAGUCCUAGAGGAUGCAGAGGACAAAACCAGAGAAGCUAAGAUGGUGUUUAGCCCUAGUUCCUUAACACCAAGCCCUCCACCUCUGCCAUCUCCCAUCCCUGAGAAUGAGUUCCCUCUAGAAGAGAUCGAGCUCAACAUCAGCGAGAUCCCACCACCGCCACCCAUAGAAGUAGAGGUACAAAGCAUUGGCAUUUGGGUAACAGAGGAAAGCUUGGGGCUUGCCAGGUUGGAUCAUGGCAGCAUUUCCAGCCUGAAGCAGCAGCUCUUAGACUUGGAGAGUGAGUUGUCUGGAAGAACCAAGGAACUGGCCCAGGUCAGAGCUGCCCUACAGCAGCAGGAAGAGGAAGCCAGGACUAGGGAGCAGAGAAUUCAGGAGCUAGAGUGUGCUGUAGCCCAACUUGAAGAUCAGCUUAGUCAAGGGAGCACCAGAGAUGCUCCGGGCCAGACUGAUGCUGCCAUGAACACUGACCCUCUUCAGGGACUCUUGAUCAAGGAGUCAUGCGACAAGAGCAUUGGGGCCAACUUUCUGGGCAUCACAGACUCAGAAAACUGGGGGGUCAGGGAAGAGGAGACUGUUCUCCUAUGGGGACCAGACAGUCAGUUCAAAGGGGACCAGCCCCCAGCAAAGCAGGUGCUACCCUCCCAGCUCUCACUGCCAAAGGGACCUGAAAACGUCCUCGCCUCCCCUGUACACAGCUGCCUCUCCACUGAGCUCAGGAUUGAAGAAGGAGGCUUUGAGCUGGAGGGCAGCCCGCAGGGAGGAGCUGAAGGCCUUUCCGGGGAAGCACGAGGCUGUCGGCAGAACAGUGACAGAGAGGGAGCAGGGAGGGAGGAAGUCAGUUCUGAGCUCCCUGGCAAGGAGCACCCAGGAAGGCCACCGAGCUCGCCAGUGGAUGCCACGAUUGGGCAAUAUGUGAAGAAAAUCCAGGAACUCCUGCAAGAACAGUGGAACUGCCUGGAGCAUGGGUACCCGGAGCUGGCCAGCGCCAUCAAGCAGCCGGCCUCCAAGCUCAGCAGCAUCCAGAGCCAGCUGCUCAGCUCCCUCAACCUGCUGUUGUCCGCCUAUUCGGCCCAGGCUCCACCGCAGAAGGAGCCCCCAGCCUCCUCCCCGCCGACGGAGAUCUCUCCGUCGACCAGCCUUAAAUCCAUUAUGAAAAAGAAAGACUAUGGCUUCCGUGCAGGAGGUAAUGGGACCAAAAAGAACCUUCAGUUUGUUGGGGUUAACGGUGGCUACGAGACCACCUCCAGCGAGGAGACCAGUGGUGAGGACAGCUCCCCGGAGGACUUGUCUGACAAUGAGGCUGAGAGAAAGCGUGAUGGUCCAGAGCACCUGCGAGCCAGGGAUGCCCACUCAAGCUGUGAGCCCGGGAAGGGUGCUCCUGGGGACACCAGCAAUGCCAGCCAGGAAAGGGGGCCUGGGGAAGAAGCCCCCCAUGCCAAGGCUGAGAGGGAUCAACCCUCAGAAGAGUUUCUUACUGCCUGCCGGGCCUUGAGCCAACACCUGUCAGAGACCGGGACCAUCACCGACGGACUUCCGAGGCAGAGCCUGAACGCCAUCAGCCAGGAGUGGUUCCGUGUUUCCAGCCGGAAGUCGUCCAACGCUGCAGUGGUGGCUGCCUACCUCCUUGGAGUACAGCCUCUGUCUCCACAUCUCCUGAAGCUGCUUGUCAACCUGGCUGACCACAAUGGCAACACGGCCCUUCACUACAGCGUGUCCCAUGCCAACUUCCCCGUGGUGAAGCUGCUGCUGGAUACAGGUGUCUGCAAUGUGGACCAUCAGAACAAAGCUGGCUACACUGCCGUGAUGAUCACACCUUUGGCUUUGGCAGAGACUGAUGAAGACAUGGCUGUGGUCUGGAAGCUCUUACGAGAGGGAAAUGUGAACAUCCAGGCUACCCAGGGGGGCCAGACUGCACUGAUGCUGGGAGUCAGCCACGACCGGGAGGACAUGGUACAAGCCCUCCUGAACUGCCAAGCAGACGUCAACCUGCAGGACCAUGAUGGAUCAACAGCCCUCAUGCUGGCCUGUCACCAUGGCAACACCGACCUGGUGCGGCUGCUCCUGGCACACCCAGCUUGUGACAGCAAUCUGACAGACAAGGCUGGCCGCACAGCUUUGUCCAUCGCGCUGCAAUCCCCUGGCCUUGUGGAAAUAGCAGAGCUUCUGCGAGCCCACGCCGAGCAGGGCAGGUCCCUGGAGCUGUAG